ACGUGGAUCCAAGAUGGCGACGGCGAUGGUGAGUGAAGGAGACUCCGGGAGCGGGAGCUGGAGCGGGGCCCUCCGGGGUAUCCCAGGAUCUUCCAGCACCCCAUGCCUGACCCUGAGCCACCUCCGGGACCCCUGACUCAGGCCUGAGGGCUGCCUCUGACUGGGCUGGUCUCCCCCGAGAUCCACCUCCCCGGCCCUGCCCCUGCACUCAGGCUUGUCAAGGCCUCAAGUUUUGGGGGAGGCGCCGUUUCGGAGAGAGACCUUGGCUGCUACCUUCGCCGGUUCCCAUUCUACUUUUGGUCUCCGCCCACUGAUUGGUUGCCAUGGUCUUUACUGCUUUUCUCCCUGAUGUGUGAAACAAGCGCCUUCUAUGUGCCUGGGGUCGCGCCAAUCAACUUCCACCAGAACGAUCCUGUAGAAAUCAAGGCUGUGAAGCUUACCAGCUCUCGAACCCAGCUACCUUAUGAAUACUAUUCACUGCCCUUCUGCCAGCCCAGCAAGAUAACCUACAAGGCAGAGAAUCUGGGAGAGGUGCUGAGAGGGGACCGGAUUGUCAACACCCCUUUCCAGGUUCUCAUGAACAGUGAGAAGAAGUGUGAAGUUCUGUGCAGCCAGUCCAACAAGCCAGUGACCCUGACAGUGGAGCAGAGCCGACUUGUGGCCGAGCGGAUCACAGAAGACUACUACGUCCACCUCAUUGCUGACAACCUGCCUGUGGCCACCCGGCUGGAGCUCUACUCCAACCGAGACAGCGAUGACAAGAAGAAAGAAAAAGAUGUGCAGUUUGAACACGGCUACCGGCUCGGCUUCACAGAUGUCAACAAGAUCUACCUGCACAACCACCUCUCAUUCAUCCUUUACUACCACCGGGAGGACAUGGAAGAGGACCAGGAGCACACGUACCGUGUCGUCCGCUUCGAGGUGAUUCCCCAGAGCAUCAGGCUGGAGGACCUCAAAGCAGAUGAGAAGAGUUCGUGCACUCUGCCCGAGGGUACCAACUCCUCGCCCCAAGAAAUUGACCCCACCAAGGAGAAUCAGCUGUACUUCACCUACUCUGUCCACUGGGAGGAAAGUGACAUCAAAUGGGCCUCUCGCUGGGACACUUACCUAACCAUGAGUGACGUCCAGAUCCACUGGUUUUCUAUCAUUAACUCUGUUGUUGUUGUCUUCUUCCUGUCAGGUAUCCUGAGCAUGAUUAUCAUUCGGACCCUCCGGAAGGACAUUGCCAACUACAACAAGGAGGAUGACAUUGAAGACACCAUGGAGGAGUCUGGGUGGAAGCUGGUGCACGGCGAUGUCUUCAGGCCCCCCCAGUACCCCAUGAUCCUCAGCUCCCUGCUGGGCUCAGGCAUUCAGCUCUUCUGUAUGAUCCUCAUUGUCAUCUUUGUGGCCAUGCUUGGGAUGCUGUCACCCUCCAGCCGGGGAGCUCUCAUGACCACAGCCUGCUUCCUCUUCAUGUUCAUGGGGGUGUUUGGCGGAUUUUCUGCUGGCCGUCUGUACCGCACUCUAAAGGGCCAUCGGUGGAAGAAAGGAGCCUUCUGUGUGCCCUUUCCCACCAUGGUGGCUCUGCUGUGCAUGUGGUUCGGGAUCUCCCUGCCCCUCGUCUACUUGGGCUACUACUUCGGCUUCCGAAAGCAGCCAUAUGACAACCCUGUGCGCACCAACCAGAUUCCCCGGCAGAUCCCCGAGCAGCGGUGGUACAUGAACCGAUUUGUGGGCAUCCUCAUGGCUGGAAUCUUGCCCUUUGGCGCUAUGUUCAUCGAGCUCUUCUUCAUCUUCAGUGCUAUCUGGGAGAAUCAGUUCUAUUACCUCUUUGGCUUCCUGUUCCUUGUUUUCAUCAUCCUGGUGGUAUCCUGUUCACAAAUCAGCAUCGUCAUGGUGUACUUCCAGCUGUGUGCAGAGGAUUACCGCUGGUGGUGGAGAAAUUUCCUAGUCUCCGGGGGCUCUGCAUUCUACGUCCUGGUUUAUGCCAUCUUUUAUUUCGUUAACAAGCUAGACAUCGUGGAGUUCAUCCCCUCUCUCCUCUACUUUGGCUACACGGCCCUCAUGGUCUUGUCCUUCUGGCUGCUCACGGGCACCAUCGGCUUCUAUGCAGCCUACAUGUUUGUUCGCAAGAUCUAUGCUGCCGUGAAGAUAGACUGAUUGGAGUGGACCACGGCCAGGCCCGCUCCAUCCUCGGACAGGAAGCCACCCUGCGUGGGGGACUGCAGGCACGCAAAAUAAAAUAACUCCUGCUCGUUUGGAAUGUAACUCCUGGCACAGUGUUCCUGGAUCCUGGGGCUGCAUAGGGGGCGGGAGGGCCUGUAGAUAAUCUUGCAUUUUUCUUCAUCUUAUUCCAGUUCUGUGGGGGAUGAGUUUUUUGUGGGUUGCUUUUUCUUCAGUGCUAAGAAAGUUCCCUCCAACAGGAACUCUCUGACCUGUUUAUUCAGGUGUAUUUCUGGUUUGGAUUUUUUUUUUUCUUCUUUGUUUUAACAAAUGGAUCCAGGAUGGAUAAAUCCACCGAGAUAAGGGUUUUGGUCACUGUCUCCACCUCAGUUCCUCAGGGCUGUUGGCCACCCUGCGACUAACUGGAAGAGGACAUGCCAGAGCCUCAGUGAGGUUCCGAGCCUCCCCCUGCCCAUCCUCACCACGGAGGCCACGACAAAGCACAGCUCCAGCCUGGACAGCACCCUCAGUGCCAGCCAACCUCUGCCAGACCUCUCUUUCCCUCUUCUCCCCAGCCUCCUCCAGGGCUGCCCAAGGCAGGGUUUCCAGCCAGGCCUCGGGGUCAUCUUUUCACCAGGAGCAAACCCAAGUCUUAGUUGCUACAAGAAAAUCCCCUGGAAGUACUGGGGGCCAGGUUCCCCAGACAGCAGGAAUCACCCCUAUUCAGAGCAGCCGGAGUUUGCUGGACCAACAAGGAGGAAGAGAAGAGACUUGCAGUGAACUGUUUUUGUGCCAAGAAACCCUGGACCUGGGGCCAAGUAUUUCCCAAGCCAAGCAUCCACUUGUCUGUGUCUGGGAAGGGAUGGCCAAGGCCGCUAGGGUCCUUACCCCUCGGGAUCGCUCCCCGGCCCUCUCCCCAGGAGGUACCACUCUCCAAGGUGUGCUGGCAGUGGGCCAACUUCAGGCAGGACAGGGAGGCCCAGAGAUCACAGAUCCCCUCUUGAAGUGGCCAGGCAUUCUCUCCCUGCCCUCUCUGGCCUCCGGGGUCAUACUCACUUCUUUAGCCAGCCCCAUCCCCUCCACCCGACACCUGAGUUCUUGCCUCCUCGUUUUGGGGACACCCAAAACACUGCUUGUGAGAAGGAAGAUGGAAGGUAAGUUCUGUCGUUCUUUCCCCAAUCCCCAGGAAUGGACAAGAAGCCAACUUAGAAAGAAGGGGCUCACAUGGCUGGCCUGGCUCCUCCAUAGACCCCUGUUCUUAACCUCUGCCCACCUGUGCAUGUCAUCACAAACAUUUGCUCUUAAGUUACAAGAGACCAAAUCCACCCAGGGAUUAGGGUUCAAGUAGCAGCUGCUAACCCUUGCAGCAGCCCUUGUGGGGCUCCCAACACAAGACAAAGCUCAGGAUGCUGGUGAUGCUAGGAAGACGCCCUCCCUCACUGCCCCACAUUCUCCCGGUAGCCCUACCAGCCUCACCCAUCAAACCAGUGAAGUUCUCAAUCUUGCCUCACAGUGACUGCGGCAUCCACCAAGCAUCAGGUUGGAGAAAAGGGAACCCAAGCAGUAGAGAGCGAUAUUGGAGUCUUUUGUUCAUUCAAAUCUUGGAUUUUUUUUUCUUUUUCCCUAAGAGAUUCUCUUUUUAGGGGGAAUGGGAAAUGGACACCUCAUAAAGGGUUCAAAGAUCAUCAAUUUUUCUGACUUUUUAAAUCAUCAUCAUUAUUAUUUUUAAUUAAAAAAAUGCCUGUAUCCCUUUUUUUGGUCCAAUUGUAAAUAAAUAUGCCAUUGUCCUACU